AUGCCGUGGGAAGGGAAUAUCGCUCGUUCUCCCUUGUAUAAUCCCCCUUCUGUCCCACAGGGCGUCACCCUCAUCGAGCAAUUGAUUAUCAAGAACGAUCGUCUGCGCCAAUUGGGGGAUCAGCCAUAUCUGACAGUUGUCGGGACAGAGGAAGACAGCACCCUCACGUUCUCAUCGGUCGAGCCUCGAGUGAGGAGAUGCGCGAGUGCAUUGAGGAGACGGGGACUGCGGCGAGGGGAUGUCGUCUGCUUCUAUGCCCCCAAUCACUUGGAGUAUGUCGUCUGCAACCUUGGGGUGGUGGCAUGUGGAGCCUCUGCUCUCCUCGUUCCCUUCUAUGCGGGAGAACAUCUCGCAACAUUUUGCAUGCGGGAAAAGCCUCGUUUUCUCUUCACGACGGCGGCUUUCUUCAACGAAGACGUUCGCGCUACGGUAAAGAAGUGCCCAUCCAUCGAGCAAGUCUUCACCUUCGAUCCCUGCAAUGACGACGGCGCCACCCCCGUCGCAGACUUCGACAAGGACGACGGAACAGAAUUCCCAAACCAGGCCGACUUGAGUCCAUCGGACGUGGCCACCAUCUUUCUCUCAAGCGGGACGACGGGAGAGCCGAAAGGGAUUGAGCAUACCCACGCUUCCCUUCUGGCUGUCAUCCAGAGCAGCAUGGAACAGGCUUCGGUUGGAGUGACACCUUUUCAUCUGGCGCACAUGAGUGGCUACUUUACCCACAUCCUCCGUCUCCAGCACGGUGGGCAUUGCGUCAUGGCCCCUUCCGGAGAACUCUUGUCUCUGCUCGCUUCGGUCGAGAAGUACAAGGCGGCGGCUAUGUGGUGCACGCCGAGGGAACUGGUUCCAUUGGCCAGAGAUCCAGAACUGACGCGGUAUUACCAGUUGGGAUCGCUUGUUGCUAUCGCCUACGGCGGGUCCCAUCUUGGUGAUGGCCUCGUCGACCAGAUCCGCAAGAAACUCCCUCACAUCAAUUUUAUCAUCCAGGUGGUGAAGCCCGGAACGUGGGAAUGUGUGGGUCCGGAGGAACGAGGGGAAUUGUGUGUCCGCGUCCCUUACCUCAUGAAAGGAUACCGGGGCAAGCCCGAGCUGACGGAGGCAAGCGUACAAGAAGGAUUCUAUCGGACUGGGGAUUACGGCUGGGUGGACGAGGACGGCUGGGUCUUCCUGCUGGAUCGGGUGAAGGACCUCAUCCCAGUGCUCGGAUCCGACCAAACGUCUGUAACCUAUGUAUCCCCGUCGGAGAUCGAGGACUGCCUGUUCGAACACCAGGGCGUGAUGACGGUGGGUGUGGUGGGGGUGCCCCACCCAGAACCCAAUCACCAUCAGAUCCCAAAGGCCUUCGUCGUCCCUGUCCUACAUGGCUCCCUAACAGUACAAGACCUCAAGGACUUCGUUUCCAGCCGACUGAGUGCCGAGUGCCAGUUGGAAGGGGGAGUCACGUUCGUGGACGACAUCCCCAUGUCCAUGGCCGGCAAAAUCCAACGCAACAUUCUUCAAAGCCUCUGAUGGUCCUGUCAAUUCUACUCGCCAGAAAUAUACACGGGC